AUAUAAGGCUGUGGUCUGUAUUCUGACACCGUCAUAGCACCCCCCAUCGAAGAACUCGUAUGUCCGCUUCAAGCUCUGUCACCGAGAACUCUGGGCCAUUGGACGAUCCAGCUCCCUCAUCGCAAGGAGAGACCCCAAUUACCUUCAUCUAUCCGUCCGUGUGCAUGAACUGCCGCAGGGACAACCUCAAGUGCCGAUUUCCCCCACGCACAAGCCCGGACCAAGCGCGGAGGUCCUGCUUACAAUGCACCCAGCGCUGCAUGAACUGCGUGCCAAUUACGGCUUCGAUCGAAUCCUCGAGCAGGGGGCGCUGAAAACUGGCCAUUCGGUACCACGGUUUUUGCCAUGAUCCGGAGUGAAUUGCACUCUUACAACGCAUAUAUUCGAUAUAGGAUUGUACGGAAUUUAUCUCCGUGGACCUAAAUCCCGCAGAGACAACCCCCCUCGACAAACACAGCAUGCAUGGACCAAGGUUCACUUGCAUCCCGUCGCUAGGCAGCACACGACACGCUGAUGCUGUGCAUGCAAUAGCCAGAGGGUAAUUCCCGAGAGUCCUCGUCCCACCGAUCAAACGUACCAGCAGAUUACGGAAACCAACCGGGCCCAUCC